CCUAAUAAUGACCACGGAACAUGUGGUAAAGUGUGUAAACUAAGUGCAGGGGAUAGAUAGAAUGUCGCAGUGAUCUUAUAUUACACAGCAUUUACGCAGGAUUUGAAAAUAAUUGGUAAAAUCGAUACCAUAUUGCAUGGGCGUCAAAUCCAAAAGUUGUAACUUUUUGAAACGCUCUACUUUCUGGUACACCAAUUUCUCACAAAUUGUUGACACCUUGACCAAGUCAAACAAGACCAAAGCAGGCACCUUAAAAAAUAUGGAUGCAGAGCAAGAAGUUCAGCCUGCAGUUGAUUUGAUGGCCACUCUAGCAGAGACAGCAAACAAUGACUCUGGCAUAUUGCUUUCAUCGAUUAACACGGUCGGCGACGUUUCUGUGAAUCCGUUAGUGGUGAACCAGAUGUCAAAACGAGCCAGAAAGAAGAUGUUGAGGCAAGAAAAGCAAAAAGCAUUGAGGAAAUCAAAGAGACCAUUUACCAGAAACACAAACCCAGGCUUCAGUAAAGAUGUUUUCAGUGAAACAGACUACUAUUUUGAAAAUGGUUUGCGAAAAGUUUAUCCAUAUUAUUUUGCCUUUGGUACAUAUGCAAAGGAGCGCUGGUAUGGUAGAACUGUCCAGGAUGUCUUUCAAAAUGAAUUUCGGGUGGAUUUUCCUGAUGACUUUAGGCUGUCGGUAGAAAAAGGAAACUUAAGGGUUAAUGGCGAUAUUGUGGGACUGGACUACAAGUUGACCAAUGGUGACCUCAUUGAACAUCACAUUCACAGGCAUGAAAAUCCAGUGUUAGACACUUCCAUUGAAAUUAUAUCUGACACACCUGAUCUUGUGGUGAUCAAUAAACCAGCAUCUAUACCAUGUCAUCCUUGUGGGAAAUUCCGUUUUAACUCAAUUGUCUUCAUCAUGGGAAAAGAAUUUGGCUAUGAAAAUCUGAGAAAUAUUUAUCGGCUGGAUCGCUUGACAUCUGGAGUCUUGAUUUUGGGCAAGACAGCAAAGAAAACCAAAGAACUUGAAGAUCAAGUACUUCAUCGACAUGUCUAUAAAGAAUAUGUUGCUAGAGUUGUAGGAGAAUUUCCUGAGGGAGAAAUAGAAGUAGAUCAGCCACUGGGAUGCAUCUCGCACAAGCUGACACUGUGGCGGGUUCAGUCAAAUGGGAAGCCAAGCCGAACAACUUUUCAGCGUCUUAGUUAUAAUGGUUGUUCAAGUGUUGUCAAAUGCAUACCUCACACUGGCAGAACACAUCAAAUCAGAGUGCACCUGCAGUAUCUUGGCUAUCCAAUCGUCAAUGAUCCAUACUAUAACAGCCUAGCUUGGGGACCAGAGCGAGGCAAAGGAGGCAUCUCUGACGUAUCAACAGAAGAGCUGUGCAAAAGGAUCAUGCAAGAGCACAAUGUAGGCAUGUGGUUUGAGGGAGAAAAUCCACUUUUUCAUCAGGCUAUAAAUACAGAGACAGAUGCUGGACUGAAUGUAUUAGGGAAGAACAUUACUGAAGACAGAGAUGGGACAAUGCAUGAUGAAAUGCAUUCAGCUAAAUCCCUAGAAAAGCUUGUUAAUACCUCACAUUCUCCAGACCUCACCCAGUCACCUGAGGCCAAGAGACAAAGACUCACUGUCAAGGCAGAAGAGACGAGAGAGAAAAGUCAGCUGGAGAACAUCUCAGUUCUCGUCAGUGAAAGUAAUGUGGACAAAAGUACUGAGGAAGAAAAAGCAAACAAGGCUGCAAGGAGUGGUUUUGAUGCAGCACGCUGGGUGCCAGAUUCUGGCUGUCGAAGCUGCCGAUUGAAGUAUGUUGAUCCCAAACCGAGCGACCUUGUUAUGUAUCUGCAUGCCCUCAAAUAUCAGGGCCCGGACUGGAAUUUCUGUACAAGCCUUCCUGCUUGGGCUCAGGAUGACUGGGAGAGUCCAAAAGUGGAAGAUUCUACUUAACAAAUCCAUGAAACUGUCAAAAUGGACCAGAUCAACCAUCACCCACGAAAACAAAAUAUGCAUUUGAAUAUGUGCUUAUGUCUAUGUACUGAGCUUCAAGUACAUUUUUAAUGAUGGAUAAAUGUUUAACAUACAAGAAAAGUCUGUAGGAAACAACUUUGCAAAGUACAUGAUUUUAAAUAAAAUUGUUUGUUAGUGA